AUGCUCCGCCAUCUGCUCAACAAGGACAAGCACAGGCUCUCUGCUUAUAAACCUGCAUGGGCUCCUCCUACUCAGUCGGCUGGACAAGGUCUUUCAUCCGGGAAUACCAAUGUUAACAGAGAGGCUAGUACUCCUGGACCUACUACCAGGGGCAGCGGACUUACUGGAACCCAAUUCAACUUUCAUACUGCUGGCCAGAAUAACUCAACACCAAUGCAACUUGCAACUGGAACGUCUGGAGAAUCAACAGAGAGUACCAAUACCUCACCUUCUUCGGAGACUCCAACAGGCAAAGGUGUAAAACUUGAUGUUGCAUCUUCAAGUACAUCGCAAACUGACCAAUCCGGAAAUUCUCAGACUAACACAACAGACUACAAGGAACAUGUUCCCAAACAAAAUGACUUUUUCAACGAAGUUGUUGAUGGUGGAGUUACUCUAUGGAAGGCCACUGGAAACGAAAAAUGCGUAAAGGUGAUACUGAUGCGAUCUUAG